GCUAGGGACGCCGCGCCCUUGGCAACCGGCAUGGAAGGGGACGAGCUGGUGUCCGCCGUGGACAACAUCGUCACGCAGUUCAGCUCGUACGAGGACUUCCUGGACUCGCAGAUCACCACCCUGGACCUGUACUACCUGGAGGAUGAGGAGCUGGCCCGCCAGCUGGUGGAGCUGGGCUACCGAGGGAGCGGAGAGGUACUCAAGAGAGAGGAGUUUGUCGCCAGGAAGGCCGCCAUAGAGGCCGCGAGACUUGCUGAACGAACCCAGAAAAAGACACUCAGCAGUGCCGGCAAGGAACUGAAAGACCCUUUCCUGCAGGCGCUUGCACAACGGGAGGAAGCCAACCGCAGCGGGAAAAUGACCUCCAUAAUCUUCAUUCGUGACCGAAACUCUCGCGGACAGGAGUUAUCGGGCUAUAUCGACUAUGCGCACAGACUGAAGACUGAGGAAUUUGAUGCCUACUUCACUGGGAAAAAGAAGCUGCUUCCAAGAACCACAGAUCUGAGUUUUUACAACUGGGAGAGCCAGCUCUCCACUUCAAAUUCAAGUCCGAAUUUUCAAGUGAUUGCUGAAAGUGCAUCUGGCUUACUCUUCAAGAACAAGAGGGAUAGAAAAAUCUUAAAUGUCGAUCCUAAGCUUUCCCCGGGGGAUAAUUCUACUCGAAAUCCCAUCCAAACAGACCUCUACAUACAAGCCGUCAUCUACGAUCACAUUUCCAGGAGAAAGACCUGACGGACAACACCCGCAGUGUUCUCUGUGCUUUGUUAGCCUGUGUACAUGGUAGGUCUUGUGGCUAAGGGGCAAAUAAACGAGAUGAAGAAAUCUUA